GAACCUCCUUAAGUUCCGUCGCGCCACAGCUGUCUGCGAACACUGAGCUGCCUGGCGCCGUCUUGAUACUUUCAGAAAGAAUGCAUUCCCUGUAAAAAAAAAAUACUGAGAGAGGGAGACAGAGAGAGAGAGAGGAAAAGAGAGAGAGAGAGACGGAGUGAGCGCGAGACAGAGCGAGCCACGCAAUCUGACCGAGCAGUUUCUGCUCUCCCAGGUCACACGCCUCCUCCUCCUCUUUGCUCCUCGCUACCCAGGUGACCCAGGAGAAUCUCAGUCUUGGAGCUGCCGAGGAGCCCCAAGUGCAGAGGAGCCUUACUUGCAGAAUUCCAGCCAGUCCUCGCCCCCCUUUUACAAUUUGGUCCUCUUUUAUCCUCCGUCCCUAAUUUUUGGAAUUUCAUUUUUCUUCCUCUUCUUCUCUUUGCUCAACUACCCCUAUUUUUUUUUUUUUUAAGAAAAAUCUCAUUAGCUCACCUUUCCUUCCCAGCGUUCCCAUUCCCCCACUGAAAAAUCUUUAAACGACCACCGCCUCUCUGACGGCAGGAGCACCUGCAGAGCCUCGGAGUUCCCCCUACCUCCCAGCCCGACCGCCCUCCCUCUCCGCGCGCGGGUUCCGGGCCCGGCGAGAGGGCGCGAGCGCAGCCGGGGCCAUGGAGGUGACGGCGGACCAGCCGCGCUGGGUGAGCCACCACCACCCCGCGGUCCUCAAUGGGCAGCACCCGGACACGCACCACCCGGGCCUCGGCCACUCCUACAUGGACCCGGCGCAGUACCCCUUGCCCGAGGAGGUGGAUGUACUUUUUAACAUCGACGGUCAAGCCAACCACGUCCCGUCCUACUACGGAAACUCGGUGAGGGCCACCGUGCAGAGGUACCCUCCGACCCACCACGGGAGCCAGGUGUGCCGUCCGCCUCUGCUGCACGGAUCCCUGCCCUGGCUGGACGGCGGCAAGGCCCUGGGCAGCCACCACACCGCCUCGCCCUGGAACCUCGGCCCCUUCUCCAAGACGUCCAUCCACCAUGGCUCCCCGGGGCCCCUGUCGGUCUACCCGCCGGCCUCGUCCUCCUCCCUGUCUGCGGGCCACUCCAGCCCGCACCUCUUCACCUUCCCGCCCACCCCGCCGAAGGACGUCUCCCCGGACCCGUCGCUGUCCACCCCGGGCUCGGCCGGCUCGGCCCGCCAGGACGAGAAGGAGUGCAUCAAGUACCAGGUGCCGCUGCCCGACAGCAUGAAGCUGGAGUCGGCGCACUCCCGCGGCGGCAUGACCGCCCUGGGCGGGGCGGCGGCGUCGGCCCACCACCCCAUCACCACCUACCCGCCCUACGUCCCCGAGUACAGCUCCGGACUCUUCCCGCCCAGCAGCCUGCUGGGGGGCUCCCCCACCGGCUUCGGAUGCAAGUCGAGGCCCAAAGCGAGAUCCAGCACAGGCAGGGAGUGUGUGAACUGCGGGGCGACGUCCACCCCACUGUGGCGACGAGAUGGCACCGGCCACUAUCUGUGCAAUGCCUGCGGGCUCUACCACAAGAUGAACGGGCAGAACCGACCCCUGAUCAAGCCCAAGCGAAGGCUGUCGGCAGCAAGAAGGGCAGGUACGUCUUGUGCAAACUGUCAAACCACAACCACGACUCUCUGGAGAAGAAAUGCCAACGGAGACCCCGUCUGCAACGCCUGCGGGCUGUACUACAAACUGCACAAUAUUAACAGACCCCUGACUAUGAAGAAGGAAGGCAUCCAGACCCGAAACCGAAAAAUGUCUAGCAAAUCCAAAAAGUGCAAAAAGGUGCACGACACGCUGGAGGACUUCCCCAAGAGCAGCUCGUUCAACCCCGCCGCCCUCUCCAGACACAUGUCUUCGCUCAGCCACAUCUCACCGUUCAGCCACUCCAGCCACAUGCUGACCACGCCCACGCCGAUGCACCCACCGUCCAGUCUCUCCUUCGGACCUCAUCACCCUUCCAGUAUGGUCACCGCCAUGGGUUAGAGCCUCUGCUCGACGCUUAGAGGUCUCCGGGCGAGAACCCCUCUGGCCCCUCCGACGUGAGUUUUCCAGGAGCGGUACCAGGAAGCUGAAAUCGGACGGAUACCUGUUUUCGAAGUCAGAAAGCAAAAUGACAUUCGCCACUUUGACAGAGGAGCCCGCUGCGGUGUCUGUGUGCCCCGAACCUGGAUCCCAUUUGUGAAUAAAGCCAUUCAGACUCGCGUUUCCCUACUUAACAGGGUCUCUCUAGUGCUGUGAAAAAAAAAGAAAAAAGAAAAAAAAAGAAUUGCUGAACACUGCAUAUAACUUAUAUUGUAAGAAAUCCUGUACUUGGAAGAAGAGGACUUGACUGCAUCCGAGUCGCUGUCAGGAAGGCGUGAAGGACGCCAGGAAUUUUAAGGAAUACGGGGGAAAAUAAAGGGUGGAAAUUAAGAGAAACUAGGUCUGAUAUCCAAAUGGACAAACUGCCAGGGAUUUUUUGCCUUUCACUGGUCACAGUUGUUUGAUGCAUUAAGAGAAAAAAAAAAAAAAGGAAAAAAAAAAAGAAAAAAGUUGUAGGCAAAUCAUUUGUUCAAAGCGGUGGGUCUCUGCCCAGGAAAUCCCUCCGCUCUGGGCGGCGGGGCAGCGCUCACCUGCUGCCGGAGGGGGGACUCGGAGAGACUUCCAGGCCCGCACGCUUGGUGAACAAGUCCCUGUAAUUGUUGUUUGUAUGUAUAAUUCAAAGCACCAAAAUAAGAAAAGAUGUAGAUUUAUUUCAUCAUGUUAUACAGAUUGAACUGUUGUACAAGUUUAUUUACUGCUAGUGUUAAGAACUGCUUUUUUUCCCCUCUUUUGUUUUUGUUUGAACAUUUUCCUUCUCGCUCUGUUUUCGAUUGAAGAAACUAGGUGACAUUCAGUCGACCUAAGGUGGUUGUGCUCUGGAGGGCUGACUUUUGCUUUUUUUUUUUUUUUUAUGGUAUUUAUUACAUAGCUUCUAAGGGUACAGCGGCACCUGUCCUGUCGCCCACUCCGCCCGCAGCCUGCGCUGUGAAGGUAGCGGUGUUGCAAGCUACCAGCGUGCAUGUCAGCGGCUCAGACCCGCCAGAGCGGGUCCUGAGAACAGCCUGGCUGAAUGUUAGCGCCUGCUGUGUUCUGUGUUAGUGAUCACUGCCUUUCAUGCAGUCUGUUGGAAUAAUAAUAUACAAAUAAAUAAUAAAGUGAAACUAUUUAAAAGCAACGAGAUAACAUUGUAUCAGGAGUGGUGGCCAAGCUCUUAGAGAAUCGAGGAGCUGUAGUUAAUUUAAGGGGGAAAAAAAAAAAAGGUGUUUAAACCAAUCAAAACAAAAGCCACAAAGUCCAAACAGGUUAAGGUGUUCAUUCAGAGGUAAAGGCAAACCCCAGAGAGUCAACAUCGGUUCCUUUGGGAAACCGGGCAUCUUUGGAGUUUGCAAUGCAGCCCAGAGGCAUGGAUCCUGGGGCCGGAGUAACUUCCCUGGUCCCCUCGUGCGCUGCAGUGCCCUCUGCCUGUGUCACCUCGAGGAGACAGUCUUCUCGCAGGAGAAGUGGGGAGAUUUCCUCUUUGAGAUUCACGGGUGGACUGCCGCUGGCGGCUUCCUCUUGGUUUUCUGCGAGAUGUCCAGGAGCUGGGCUGGCUCUUGAGUUCAUUUCUGUUUUGCUUUUCUGCUGUCGAAUAGCAGCACAGUGAAGGGUUUAUUGGAAUGUUUGCGAAAAGUGAAAUAACCGUUUUGUAACUUAUGCUGUAUAGUUUCCUUUCGCUCUGUUGACAGAAUGUGUAACCCCGGCACACAUUUGAAAAUCUCUGUUAAUCGCCUCUUUGCUUUCUUAGCAAAUAUUUCCAACCUAAAGCUAAAUGUUGAAAUAAAGAAGUAGAGAAUUACUGAGUUGCAAAUGAA